AUGAAGGCCGUCGUGACGGUGUACAAGAAAGUCCUCGUGCGCGCGCAGAAGAUCCGCGCAGGCGCCAAGAUCCGCGGCUUCGCGUCCAACGUGGCCAACUACAGCCCGCUCUUUUCCUACCGCUGCCCCGCGGCGGAGAGAUGCCCGCUCGCGAAGCACCCAGGCACAGGCGAAAUGAACUACGACUGGAACCCGUGCAUCGACGAGAACCGCUUCACGUCGCGGAUGAAUGCGUACCUGGGAGCCUUGGGAUUGCCGACCAGGUGGAUCGUGGACACCAGCCGGUCCGGCCGCGCUGGCAUUCGAAAGCGCUGGGGGUCGUGGUGCAACGUGAAGGGCGCGGGGAUCGGACAGCGCCCCCGCGCGAAUCCCGGUAGUGCUCCGCAAGUUGAUGCUUUGGCUUGGAUCAAGCCGCCUGGGGAGAGCGAUGGCCACUCGUAA